GCUGGCUUGGGCCACCACAUUCCAUCACUAGGUAGACCCUUGAUCCCAGAAUACUUCAGAUUCAAGUGCUUCAGUCGCAGCUUGUUGUCAUCACAGGCAAGUCUAGGUGCUCCAGAGAAUGAGCAGUUCCUGCAGGAAGUAGCUCACUAUCCCCGUUACCUGAUGGCUCCGACGGUCGCAUUGUCCGCGCCUCAUUCAUACUUAUCCACAUCCCAUGUAAGAGUUAUCGUCCGGGCCUCUGUCAGACAUUCAGACCACAAACCAGGCAGGAGGCUGUACAUUCCCCCAGUUCCCUCAUCCGUAGAUACACGACUGACAUGUAUCAAGCAUCGGCCGUCACCGCUGUCGCUAUGCAGGUCGAGGGGUGUCGACGAUGUCUCAGCGUUGAGCCCGGAGCUGAGCGACGACUCGUCGAGCGACGAACCCGCACCCCCCCCUGAUGUGGCGUCUUUAGAGACACAACCUAUGCCGCAAGCCGCAGAAUCACCACAUCUGGACGUUAGUGACCACGGUGCUUCCAUUCCAGAAGCCAACGCGCCAGCUGCUGGCGGUGCCGAGCGUUUUGACGUACCCCACGAUGAGGUUUCGUCGCAGCCCGUCGCAGGCCAUCCCGAGAGGCCGCUCGAGACGUCGCAACCGUCGCAAUUAUCGCUGGCGAAGGACUGGUCCUCCGCGCAUCAGUCCGACCAACCGGUACAAUCUGAAUCGUACAGAGCGGAAUCCUCAGCAAAUCCUGCAGCGGAUGCACAGAUCCCAACAUCCGCGAGGCCAAGAAACCCUGGAAUGCCAUCACCUGCGGUCACUGGCAUCACAUCCGAUAGCAUAUCCAACGGCGUGACGGCGUAUCCUGACACAUCUGUCGCCUCGAGCAGCAGCAGCAGCGAGAAGAGCCUUCCCAAAGCGGAAGCAGCGGUCGCAGCGACGAGCGGAACAGUGGCGGUUGCGGCUGCACCUGGUGAUGCCGCAGCGGCAGUGAGAGGAGCGACUGGGGAGACGGGAGGGGAGAGUGGGAAUGGCGCACAGGCCGUGGAAGGCAUGGGGGCUCAGCUGCAGCAGGCGCAGGCGCAGCUGCAGGCGCAGCUUCAGGAGCAGCUGCAGGCACUGGAAAACGUACUCUCGCUGCUGGGACUAGGCGUUGCUUCCGCUGCGAAUCCGCGGGGGCGCGCGGAACUGGGGGAAGAAUGGGGGGAUGGAGGCGGAGGGGCGAAUGGGAUUGGCGGAGAGGAGCGCGAGAGUCGGAGGAGGGAGGAUUUGGCCGUGGCGCGUGCAGCGAGUAGGCUGAAGCGCAGAAGUUCUGCAAAGAGAGACCAUAAUGCAGGGGACAACGGGUUCGGCAGCGUCGGUAGCAGCAGCGCCCCGAGUGACAGUGAAGGAAGUGGCAGUAGCAGCGAUGAAAGUACAGCUUUAAGGUCCAAGUACACACGAGGGCCCUUCGUGAAUCGAACUGAGCUGUACGCAGGCGAUUCCGCCGCCUCGAGUGCUACUUCUGCUACCCCGUCCCCUUCCCCUUCCCCGCUCGCCUCCUCCUCGGAUGCGGAAGCAGGUGGGGCGGAGCGGAAGGUGCUAGAGCGCGCAGUGGUGGAGAUGGCGCUGCUGCAGGAGGUGUCGCGGGGGGGCAUCGAGGGGUCGUCCCUGGAGGACGAGUGGGGCGAGCUGCGCCAGGCCGUCAGCCAGGACCCGCAGCUCUCGCGACUCUAUAACGAGUACGCGCGCGACGUGCUCCUGGAGCGGGAGCGGCAGCGCCAGGAGGCGGACAGGGGACGCACGGUGGUGGAGGUGGCCACCAUGGUGGUGCUCACCGUGCUGCCCAUAGCGGCGGGCGCGUAUGUGUAUGUGAACGUGCAGGAGUGGCUCAAGGGCGUGGGCCCGCAGCCUGCUGUCGUGGAGAAAGAACCCUGGUGGAUGCUGUUCGGCCCGGCAGCCAGUGCAGCGGGCACGGUGUUUGGCAUGGCGGGGCUGGGCUUUGCAGCUAAGACAGCCGCAGCAGCGCCGGUGGCAGUCGCAGUGGUGCCGCAGAUGGACGCUCUCUGGCGCUCGUUUGGGGGCGCUAGCCUGGUGGCCCUGUACUGGCGCACGCUGGUGUUUGGCAAGACGUUUCGCAGCAUAGAGUGGGAUCUGGAGGCGUAUGAUGCACCCAACGGCAGCAUGAAAUCCAUCACCAUCCGAGUGCCGUCUCUUAAUGCGGUGCGCGCCAAGAUAGCCCUGGCGAACGGGCUUGAGGGCGCCAGUGAGGUGCAGCAGCUGGCGCUCUGGAUCCCCAACUCGGGGGACUUCGUGGAGCCCCUGCGUCUGGCCAAGGACCUGGCGCUGAUCCCCGACUUUGGGUUUGUCAUCUGGUCGCGCACCCCUGCCACCCUCCACUGCCUGCCCUCGCGAGCUGCCAAGACCGUUCCCUCGCCCACUGCAGGAGCAGGGGCGGGGGGAGCAGCAGGGGGGAGUGGGGCCAAGGGGACUGCCCCUCUGGAAGGAGUAGCCAAUGGAGGGAAGGGUGAUGCUGGCGGCAGCAGCACUGUGAUUGUAGAUAGCAGCAGCAGCACUGGCAAUAGCAGCAUAAGCGAUGGCAUGAGCACUGUUAGCAGGAGCAGGGUAGGCAAUGUAGGAAUAAGAAGUAUGGGAGACGAUUUCGUGAGAGGUGACAGUAAUGGUGGCAGCAGUGGUUGGGCACAACAGAGUGAGGUACCGCCAGUUGCUGCAGCAAGAAAUGGGGGCGUGCAGGCUGCAGCACAGCCAAUGGUGAGAGGCCAACUGGCAGCCAAUGGUGCUGUAGCUGCUGCAGGAUUCGCAAGCCCAGGAAUGGCGGGAACACCUUUACCACCAGCUUCAAGUCUUCCACCAGCAGCAGCACCAUCAGCACCAGCACCAGCGCCACCAGCAAUAGCAGCAGCACCGCUUGCAUCACCAGCACCAUCAUCAGCACCACCAGUGGCUGUCCAGCCAGUGGGCAUGAGUCCAGAUACAGCAGUACCUGCGUCUGGUGCCAGUGAGAGCAGCUGGCGUGACAACAGCGGGAGGCAGGGAGGGCAGGGGAAGAGUGAUGCUGACAUAGCUGUCGCCAUGAUUCAAACCAUAGUCGCUGCCUCUGCAGCAGUGUCUGGGUCAUCUCCUCAGGGCUCAUCUGCCUCUUCCUCCACUCCUCCCUUAUUGGGUAACUCUGAACGCUCACAAGCAGCAACAGCAGCAGCAGCACCAUCAUCAGCUCCACCAACUUCAGCACCCAAGGCUGGCGCAGCCCGCACAGAUUCAACCAAUGGCAGUGUCCGCACGCUUGGUCCGGCUAAUCAGCCCAUGUCCACAGCAACCCCAAUGGAAGCUGCUUCCAACCACCUCUCGCCUGGUAGAUUGGAACAGGGCACCGGGAGGGGAGAAGAGAUGGAGCUAGGAGGAAUUAGGCAGGACGGAGGAGAGGAACGGAGGAGGGAGGAAACGGGGGUGUUGGCAAUGUCUGAGGCCGAGCAGGAUGAGUUGAUCGAGAGAGCAGCUCAGUGCGAUCCUGUGUUGAUUGUUCUUUACAGAGCCUUGUCGCAUGAUCCCAACAGGUUCAUGCGUCAUGCCUUGUUUCACAUUAGGAAGGGGUGAAGGUGCAUGUGUUUGUACAGUUGGUAGGUUCUAAUAUCUAGCUUCUUAUCUAAUGAGCAUUAUAUGA